CUUUUUUGAAAAUUGGGAAGGUCCCGGUAUUCGAGUAAUUGCCGCGGACGCGAUGGCAGCCUUUGCCGUGGAACCCCAGGCGCCCACUCUGGGAUCUGAACCGAUGAUGCUGGGUUCACCCACGUCUCCAAAGCCAGGAGUUAAUGCCCAGUUCUUACCUGGAUUUUUAAUGGGGGAUUUGCCAGCUCCAGUGACUCCACAGUCUCGACCAAUUAGUGGGCCCUCAGUAGGAAUAAUGGAAAUGAGGUCACCAUUACUUGCUGGUGGGUCACCACCACAACCAGUUUUACCAGCUCAUAAGGAUAAAAGUGGAGCUCCACCUGUUAGAAGUAUAUAUGAUGACAUUUCUAGCCCAGGACUUGGAUCAACACCUUUAACUUCAAGAAGACAGAUGAACAUUUCAGUAAUGCAGAGUCCUUUGGUUGGAGUUACAACUACUACACCUGGAACAGGGCAAAGUAUGUUUAGUCCAGCAAAUAUUGGUCAACCACGGAAGACAACACUAUCUCCUGCCCAGUUGGAUCCUUUUUAUACUCAAGGAGAUUCUCUGACUUCAGAAGAUCACCUCGAUGACACUUGGGUGACAGUGUUUGGGUUUCCGCAAGCAUCUGCUUCCUAUAUAUUAUUACAGUUUGCACAGUAUGGAAAUAUCUUAAAACAUGUGAUGUCCAACACAGGAAAUUGGAUGCAUAUUCGUUAUCAGUCUAAACUGCAAGCUCGGAAAGCCUUAAGCAAAGAUGGGAGAAUAUUUGGAGAAUCCAUCAUGAUUGGUGUAAAACCAUGUAUAGAUAAAAGCGUUAUGGAAAACAGCGACCGAUGUGCUUUGUCAUCUCCAUCUCUAGCCUUUACACCACCCAUCAAAACCUUAGGUACACCAACACAAUCGGGAAGCACUCCUAGAAUUUCUACCAUGAGACCUCUUGCUACAGCAUACAAAGCUUCUACUAGUGACUAUCAGGUUAUUUCUGACAGACAAACGCCUAAAAAAGAUGAAAGUCUUGUAUCGAAAGCAAUGGAGUACAUGUUCGGCUGGUAGUACAAUAAGAGCUAAGAACUCAAUUACCAAGGAGGUUGCUACAAUGAAACAGAAUUAGCAAAGUACUGCCAGUUUCCUUCGGUUAGUUGUAUAACCACUCUUGGCAGUGUUGGAUACCCAUCUUACACUUCUUUUAGAAGCCUUUUUUCUUUAACGAUACAACCUGUUUGUAGCUCGCACUUUAAAAGACGCUUGAGAUACAUUUUGAAGAAAACUGAAGAUCUCUGUAGAAAGAUUUUUGUGCUUUCUGUGAUAGUGCAUGCUUAAACAUAAAAUGCUCAGCAUUGAUUAUAAUUAAAUAAUUGAAUCUGUGG